GUCACGGAGAUGGAGGAGGCUAAAGGCAAGGGGAACGAGGCGGUCAAGGCGGGCGAUUUCGCCCAAGCUCUAGAUCACUACAAGCAGGCGAUCGCGAUUGCCGUGGCGGAUCCAGCGAGAGCGGAUGAUCUGGCGGCCUUGCACAGCAACUGCUCGUUUGCGCACCUCAAGCUGGGGCAACUGAUCGAGGCCUUGGAUGAAGCAAUUAAAUCCGUGCAUGCAAACAGCAAAUGGAGCAAAGCUCACUUUCGAUGCGGGGAAGUUUACUUUGCGAUGCGGGAUUACGCCCGUGCGGAGGAAGCAUAUGCACAAGCAGCUCAACUGUCUCCAGCAGAUGAAACCAUCGGUAGAAAACUCCGUCUCACGCGUGAAGCUGUAAAUGGGAACUUCUACUUUCGACAGCUUCUAGCGGGAAGAGAUUUCUGUCUAAACCCCGGGAAUAUAAUAGAAACGCAGAUUUUCAACGCUGGAGCUCAGAUGCAAAACUACGUCUAUUUGGUUGGCGAUGCGAAAACUCGCGAGGCUGUAGUGGUCGAUCCGGCAUGGGACGUCAAAGGAAUCAAAGCCUUCGCAGAUGCGGAACACAUAAAACUUGUCGGUGCUGUAGCUACUCAUUAUCACUUUGAUCAUACUGGAGGCCCCCCUCCGCCUCCUUUCGAUCGACUUAUGAUCAAGCUGCCGGGAGUGCGUCAACUGGCAGUCGAAGAUAAUCUCCCGAUUUAUGUCAACAAGCAUGACGCUGGAACAAUCAAGACCAAGAACGAGGUGCCCGCGCAGUCUAUAGUCGAGUUGGAUGAUUUGAGCACUGUGAUGGUGGGAAGCGUGAAACUGGAGUUCAUACACACACCGGGUCACACUCCGGGAAGCCAGUGCAUUCGUAUCAACCGAGCUCCGGCUGAGGACAUCCUUAUUUCCGGCGAUACUCUCUUCAUUUCCAGCUGCGGGAGAUUGGAUCUUCCAGAUUGCAGUGUUGAGGCCAUGUACACAAGCUUACAGAAGAAACUUGCAUCCUUGCCCGAUUCCACGAGAGUCUAUCCUGGUCACAACUAUGGUGGCCCUUCCACCUCCAUCGCAAACGAGAAGAAGCACGGGUUCCUGCGACCGAUGUCCGAGAGAGAGUGGCUCCAGCAGCACCGCCUCUAGCUCGCGAGGAAGCGGUCGAGUCAAAGAGUGUUUGACCACCGCUGACUCCCGUUGACCGUGGGAGAAAGUUUGGCACAGAUUAUCAUGGUUGUUGUGGUGUGUCCCAAGUAACAAGGCUGGCGGCCUGUGACCAGCGCAGCUGGAUUUGGACUUGAAUUGCGUAUCUCGUUUCCUCGCUUCCAAUGUCCCCUUCCAUGAAGUUAAAAAAGCUUUAAAAACUAUACCACCAUUUCUUUGUUC